CCUUGCGGAGCGGGGCGGAGGGCGAGGCUUGGCGGGGGAGGCGGCGCCUGCGGGGGCCGGGCAGCGCCGCCGGGCCGGGCCGGGCUGUCCCGCGGCUGCGGUCCCGGGAGGCGGCGACGCGGCGCGGAGGACCCGGGGCGGCGGCCGCGCCCUGCCCGCGCCGCCGGCGCCCUGCGAGCGGCGGGACCCGCCAGGCGCCGCCAUGCCCACAGAAACUGAAGCCAGAGAAGCCUGCGACUGGCUGAGGGCUGCUGGUUUUCCCCAGUACGCUCAGUUAUUUGAAGAUAUGCAGUUUCCUAUUGAUGUAAAAACUGUGAGGAAAGAUCAUGAAUUUUUAGAUGGAGAUGCCAUUGAAUCCCUUUUCAGACGGCUGAACACAUUGAACGAGUGUGCUUCAAUGAAAGUGGAAAUAAGCCGUCAGAGGAAAUGGAGUGAUGAAUCUGAAGAUGAUGAACCUUGUGCAAUAAGUAACAAAUGGGCUUAUGAGAGAUCCAGUCAGAGAUGGUCUCGUCUUGAGAGCCUAGAAGGUUUCCCAGGAGAGGAAGGUGCUAGUGCGUCAGUCCCAGGCAGUCCAACACCGAGGAGCGCCGGCAAUGAGGAUAUAACAUUUUUGGAUCAUGCAGAGAAACAUGAUGUGUCCUCAAUUCACAGUACUAGCAGUGGUGACAGUGACACCGUUAGCUUCCUGAAACCUUUUGAAUAUGUGGAGACUCGCAGGAGUUCCUCAAGGUGUUCCUCAAAUAAAGUGGCUUCACCAGACACCUUUAGUUGUUCUCCUCCUGCCACUGGAUUUUUAAAUAACACCAGCGAAGAGAAGCCACCGUAUAAAAAGGGGAAGAGCCUUCUUAGGAAAAUGGAGAAGUUGCACUUAAGGAGCUGCAACUUAAGGAGUGGUCACUCAAAGGCCAAACCCCUAAUAAGUGAACCUGUCCUUCUGGAAGGGUUUAAUGAAGAAAAGUUGAGGAUGUUUAACUGCGUAAACAUUUCUGACCUCUCUGACAUCCAAACAAAGAACAAUUCCUCUUAUUGUCUCCAGAGCUGCAAUAGCAGCAAUCAGUCUGAAAACAGGAGGACAGGGAGCAUUCCAAGUCCCACUACAAAACCACGAAGCCACUGUGAAAGAGGGGGGACAUAUGCAGAGGACUUGGAUUGCAGCAAGCUUUUGCUAGGGAACGAUAUAUCUGAGCAAGACCUACAAAAUGAAAUGAAGUUGCAAACGAACCAGAUGUUUCAAAUACCGCAAGGCCAUAAGCCUGGUACUUUCCCCAAAGCACUUAGAAACAGUUCCCUGUCUCCAGUAGACAACUCUUCUGUCAACUGGAGAACUGGGAGUUUUCGUGGGUGCAGAAGGAUCAGGAGCAGAAGCAGUUCGAAGGACUGCACAGCCCCCAGUAGCCCCCAUUUGUGCACAGGUAACAGGCUGAGCAUAUACGACAACAUGCCCGAUAUUCAACUUGAUAAGUUGGAGGUGGUGGAAGCCGGUGAUGACGAUGUUUUUUCGGAGCUGAACAGUGUUAUAGAAGAUGUCAAAGGUCUCAGGAAGUUGGUCGAUCGAUGGACAGAGAAGUUCUCGGAUGAUGGGGAUUCAGACUUUGCCAAUGACUUGACCUCUGUGUAUCCAUCCUUCCCUAAAGAAAGCUGUCUUGAAAUACAGCACUCAGAAGAUAAGUCAGCAGACUUCCCAGCUACCGAGGGAGAGAGCAGCUGUGAACUGGUCAAGGAGCUCAGUUCUGCAGAGGUGGCAUACGUAACAGGCUCUGAAAAGGCCAACAGGCAUGGGAAACAACCCCGGUCUAUGGAAGAGAGUGUGAAUUUGGAAAGCCUUUCUGUCCAAAUUGAUAGUCAGUCGGCUGCCCACCUAGCCCGGACGCAAAAGCUGGCUUUGUUGAAACUCACGGCUCUAAUGGACAGAUACUCCCCUUCCAGUAAGCAGGGCUGGAACUGGACUAUACCAAAGUUCAUUAAAAAAAUAAAAGCCUCUGACUACAAGGACAAAAAUGUGUUUGGGGUUCCCUUGCUUCUGAACGUUCGACGAACAAAUCACCCGCUACCUAAGGGCAUACUGCAAGCACUGGACUAUUUAAGAAGCCACUCUCUUGACCAGGUUGGUCUGUUCCGAAAAUCUGGUGUUAAAUCCAGGAUCCUGUCUUUAAGGGAAAUGAAUGAAACCAACCCGAACAAUGUAUGUUAUGAAGGGCAGUCAGCAUUUGAUGUGGCAGAUAUGGUUAAGCAGUAUUUCCGAGACCUUCCUGAACCCAUAUUUACUAGCAGGCUCUGCGAAUCCUUCCUCCGCAUCUACCAAUACUUGCCAAAGGAUCAGCAGUUUCAGGCUGUCCAGGCUGCUAUUGUCCUUCUCCCAAAGGAAAACCGAGAAGCUUUGAAAAUCCUCCUGUUCUUUCUCCGAGAUGUGGUUGCUUUUGUUGAGGAAAACCAGAUGACCCCAACCAACAUUGCUGUCUGUCUCGCGCCUUCUUUGUUUCACCUCAACACUCUGAGACGAGACAGUUCCUCCUCAUCCACUAGUCACAGGAAGUACAGCCUGGGGAAGCCAGACCAGAGGGAACUGAAUGAGAACCUGGCAGCAACACAAGGCCUGGCCCACAUGAUAAUGGAGUGUAACAGGCUCUUCCAGACCAACUUUCCGGCUUGACCACGGCUACGCUGCAUCACUAUGGACUUCUCUGGCAAUCCCUGGACUGUUGCUGACUCUGGUUACCAUCACUGGCACCAAUCCUGAGCCUGACCCUGCCUCCUGACUCACAUUCAGGCCUUGGCCCUGCCUUGCUGCCCUCACUCAGCUUGUCCAUGGCUCGUUUCAGCCCUUCUUCCAGCAGAUCUAUAAGACGCACUGUAUCCCCUGAACGAGUUUUGAACUUUUUCCUGAAAACACACAGCCAAAAUGACUGCCUGAAAAGACACAAAACACUCCUGCCCUCCCUCUAGGACUCCACAUGUGCCCAGGCAGCUCCAGGCCACUCAUCCUUCUUGAAGAUAUUGACACUGCUCAGACAGCUACACCUAGCAGAAAGUAAAAGUGUGGAAAUCUGUCAAAACACCCAUGGAGUGCAGCCAUGAAAGCUCAAGACGGUCAGGAAGACCUGUCUCAGUCCCGUGUGUUAGGCAGGACGCAAUACCGAUGCCAGACCCCAGCCUAGUUCAGCAGUUCAUCUUUAUUCUUACAACAAACAAACAUACAGCAAAACCACUCAGUCUGCAACUGCAUGUAACAGUUACAGAGUGCACUGGUUUAACUGCACCUUCACAGAUACCUAAGACCAACUCUGGAGUACGAAGGGCCUGGCCUGCGGCCAAGGACACAGAGGUUCUGUUCCUGCCUUUCACUGUACCUGCCACGAGGCAGGUAGAAAAUAAAGGCAAUUGCAGCCUUUAUCCUCCCCAUCUUCCAUUGUUCCCAUCAGCUUCCUCGGCACUUCCACCAGCCAUUCCCACUGGCAACAUGGGUACCCUCCCCAACUGCCAAGCAGCAGAAGCCAGGCCGAGCAGGGAGCCUCACUACAGCACCAGUGACUGUGUGCGUCAAAGGACCGUGACGUGUGCUCACAGCUACACAUAACAGCAUCGAAUGUGGGCUUUUUUUUUUUUUUUUUUUGGCAUGCUACAUACAUACUUUUCAACAAACAGGGAAAAGCAAGUCUUCUGCAUUCACUCAAACAUCCUCUUCAGAGCAGAUACAGAGAAAAACUUCAUUCAGAGACUUACUUGUCCUCUCCCAGCACCACUCCGAAUGCAGCAUGGGCCACUCUGGUCACUUUGGGAUCAUACCAGCCGAUCAUCUGUCCAGCUGCAAACACUGUUUGCAAAUGCACCGACUGCGGGGAACAAAUUCAACCAGUUCUCAACCCACCCCUUCAGGUACGUUUUUCUUCCCAAAUGUCUCCUGCACCCACACCAAGAUCACAAAGGACAAGAUAAACAUUCCUAAGGCUCACAUCGCUUACAGCCUUAUCUCCUUCACAAUGAAACUUGAAAUGAUUUUAGCUUCACAGACAACUUCCAGUUGGGAAAGCCCCACUUUGUUCAAAGACCUUUCCUGAGCAACCAUAAAUUCCCAUCACCACUCGGAUAUGGUGCGGACAACCUCACGGCCCUUGCAUUUCCUCAGGUAAGGACAGUCUGUAUAAACAGUACAAAUCUCAUUUUGGGAUUAAUCUGCUGAGAUUCAGACAUCACUCACUCCCAGGUGACAAGGUCUCCCUACUCAUUUGGUUCUACGUGCUCUCCACAGAAAUCACCAGUCACCAAACUAGGCUCACAGUUACACCAAGAAGGACAAGAGGCAAUAUACCAAGCUGAAAACCCCUACAGUGUUGUACCUACGUUACUCUUGCACCCAUCAUUUAACACACCUGAGGACCUGUAGCAGCAGUGACAGCCAAGGUUGACAUACUCACCUGCCCACUAUCGACAACAUAGAUAAUGAUAUCUGCCUUCUCCUCACACAGCCUGUGUCUAAGAGCGGCUAAGUCGGAUGUGUCGUAUGUGUAGCCUCCAUCUGAUUUCAUGAUUGUCAAGGGGACUGAGCAACCUGGGACAAAGACGAUCUUCCGCCCAUCAUCCACCUGGACGAAUCCUAGAAAAGCAAUGGAAUAAAUGGCCUGUCAUAUCGCAUAGGGAGUUUGCAGGACAGGAUGGGCAGAAACACUUCCCUUCCUAGAUGCCACCAGGAAGAAAAGGCCACUCACAUUCCAAAUAACAGCGCAAAUUAUGAAAAAAAAAGAAGAAGAAGAGAAACUCCCUCCCUAGUCAUCUCACAUUCUGCACUGCACUUUCAGAACUCAGACAACUAUGCACAAACAAGCAGAUCUGGCCUUACCAAAAGAGACCUAAUCAGAUUUAAAACCUCAUGUCACUGCCAUCCAGAUCCACCUUUACAGCCACAAAAACAGCAUCACAAAAUGGGGCAUUAAAGGCAACAGAAACUCUAAGGAAAUGAAUACUAGCAGAAGAGACAGCAGAGAUCAAACUGGUCAGAAGACUACAGAUGCCAAGAGUCAAGGUAGUCACUGACUGCAUAUCCGGACAGGAACACGUAAACCCAGAGAUUCCUUACGGCCCAUCUGGCUUCUUGCCAGCCUGAAGGUCAACAUGAUCCUAAAAUGCCACUGUCCCCACAGAGAUUUCUCAGGUGCAAGCUCUCUUUCUGUGAUGUGAUUAGGCAGGAAGCAGCCAAAGCACAUUACAGUAGUUGCAACACUAACACUGGGAAGUCUGUCAUGUAUCGCUCCUUGACUAUUUAUUGAGGCUAGAAUAAAUUCCAGUAGCACCUCAUGCUAUUUCCUACAAAUAUCACACAAAAAGAUUAAAGCUUUCUGGAAUGAUCCAUACAAGAAUAAAUUCUGCCAAAGCCUCUCCAGGAGGAACUCCACAAAAGAUCCACUCAGGAAACAUCGCUGAGAAAAAGAACAAGUGUGGGGAACAUGCAACUCGGAAAACAUCAGUCCUGAGCCUUGCCAAACAGGAGCGAGGUUACCUCGCUGAUCCUGACAAGUGCAGAAUUAUUCCAAGACCGAAAGCCUCACCUUUGUCUUCAAAUUCUUGCACAAUGUCUUUCAUCAUUUCCUGGUAGUACGAUUCCCCUCUCUCUGUGAGUGUAAUGUCCAAGCAGGUGUAGAUUUUCUGAAACUCUUGAGGAGGGAAACAGAACAAAAUACUUUCAUUAAAUGCAUGCAGUGAGAAUUAGUGACAUUUAUUUACCGAUGGGCACAGCAAGUCCUUGAAGAUUAAAAAAAAAAAAAAGUCUCUUGGUCAAGCUAUCAGAAUAGGGCUCAAAGUAGGACUCGGGAGACAAAAGAUUUAGCUGCACUCUCUUCAGAGAGCCCAAUGCUUUGGUUGUAUUGCCUUUUUAUUUUAAGCUUCUCACAGAAGUGUGGCAGUGAUUUCUUUAAAAAAAAUAAAAAAAAACAUGGGGGAGGGACUCAUACACAAAGUGAGGAAAGCCA